AUUACAAUAUCUCAGAGAUCUCUCAUCCACGGUUGACGUUAACAAAGGGUCACAUACCAAUGUACCAUCACCAACUGCCCAAACAGAACAGCGCUACCAAUACAUUUUCUCCCGCCACACGGUGGUUGAUGAUGGCUUAUAACUAAUGCACACCAACUGUUCGACGUUUUGACAUGCUUUUCAAGCAGCUUUUUCGCAGCACAAACCUGAUCAAAAUCCUAAACCAGCUGCAAACUCGUCACUAUGCUCGCGACCCAUUUCCCAACAAGGUCUCCCUCUAUCUCCACCGAGCCAAACUCAUCGAUUCAAUUCGUCUUAGGCUCCGAGCCAACACCCCAGACUCACUCGCUCCUCUCGCAGGCGACCGUCUUCUCGACUCUUUUGUGGUCACUCAAGCCCUCCGCUCUGCUCCCUCCGCCGACUCUGCCCUGUCCCUCGUUCAAUUUAUCGAGCAGAACCCACAUUUCGUUCAUACCCAGAACACCGUUCAUGCCUUGGCCACAGUGCUCGCCAAGUCUCGCCGAGCUGACGAGCUCAAGUUCCUCAUUGAAGCAGUCCAUGCCGGAAAGUUUCGAAACGUUCGGGUCAGCUUCAUGAACCUUAUGCAGUGGCAAGCUGCCAUUGGAGACCUCGACGGAGUUAUUAGAGUAUGGGAUGAGUAUAGAGUUAGCUCGGAGAAACGUGUUUGUGCCGAGUCUUAUAACAUUGUGAUGCGCCUUUUUGCCCAGAUUGGUAAAGACUAUGAGGCCGUGAAGGUUUUUCAUAUGAUGAUUGAAGAAGGGGCGAUUCCGAAUAGUCGAACUUAUACGGUGAUGAUUGAGCACCUUGUGAGUUCUGGGAAGUUGCAGUCUGCAAUGGAGGUUUUUAAUGUGUUGCCAUUGAUGAGGGUGAAGCGGACUUUGAACCAGUAUUCAGUUUUGGUAGAGGCAUGUGUUGGAGUCAAACAGUUUGAUGAAGUUAAGAUUUUACUUAAUGAAAUGCGGGUUGAUGGAAUAUUGCCCGGUCGAGCUAUGCGUUUGUCUUUGGAACAAAUUCAAGAAGCAGGAUUUGUUCAAGAGACUGAUGAAUUUCUAAGAGAAAUGUUGCCCAAUGAGGACAUCAAGAACAUAAGUUAUUGUGUUGACAGUAGUGAUGAGGAUGAGGAUCAUGAUGAGGAUGCUACUGAUGUUGGUGGAGGUGAUGAUGUUAAUGAGGUUCAGUUAAAACCGUGGUUAGACCCGAGGGCUUUGGCCAAUGCCUUGCAAAAAUGGAGCCCUGAUGAAGUAUCAGCAUUAGAGAAGGCAAAAUUUGUGUGGACAACUAGGUUAGCAUGCAAGAUUCUUAGGAAUUUUAAAUCAGCAGAAAAAGCUUGGAAUUUUUUCUGUUGGGUUGCUUGUCAGCCAGGUUUUACUCAUGAUAUUUACACAGUACAAAGGAUGAUGGCCCUUUUGGCGCGCGAUGGGCUUUCUGAAUUGGUUGAUCAACUCUUAAACAAAAUGAGGAUGGAGCAAUUGAGAUUGCCCUUCUGCACUAUCAGGUUGAUCAUUGAUUUUUAUGGUAUCUCAAAGAAAGCUGACGCUGCUCUGAAGGUCUUUCACGAUGAUAGAAACCUCUGUGGCCCUAUAUCAAACUUUAAUUUGAUGCUUCUGUAUUCAUCUCUCUUACGAACUUUGACUAAGUGUGGGAGGGAUUCUGAUGCAUUGGAUGUACUUGAAGAGAUGAUCUUAUGUGGGAUUGUUCCCAAUAUCCAGACAUUUUCUGGGUUGAUGCAUCAUUUUGCACUAAAUGGGGACAUCAAAACUGUGCAGAAACUCUUUGCAAUGGUUAGACAAAGUGGAGUCCAGCCUGAUGCUUAUAUGUUCAAAGUACUUAUCCAAGCAUAUUGCAAGUGUGGGAGAGCUGCUCUUGCAUGGAGGGUUUUUGAAGACUUGAGGAAUUUAAAUUUGAUGCCCGACUCCGCCACAAAAGAGUUGCUUGUGAAGAGUCUUUGGAAGGAAAGCAAGCGGAGAGAGGCUGCCGCUGUGGAAGAGAGUUGUGAGGAAGUAAGUGACGUCCUUCCACUCACAUUGCACGGUCACAUAUGGACAGUGAGUUCUGCAGAUCUUACAAAAGUUUUUUCUAUUUACUCCAAUAGCUUCACAUCAGCUGGUGAAUAGAGUUUUAGAUGGAUUUGACAAUGACCAAUGAUUUACUUCAUAGCGGAAUACUUGAAGUCAUACGUCUUGAGUUCAGGGCAGUAUGUAUAACUACAGAUACUCUUUUUGAUGUUUGUGUUUGUAUUGUUAUGUAAUGGCAUUUAUUUCUCUUUACAUUGGAUGUGAAUUUCAAUCUCAUGUCGUUACUCAUUGAUGAAAAGGUUACCAUA